CUGUGAUUGGACGAGCSGAGCGGAAGCARCGUGAAGCAGGAAGUGUGACAUCUCUGCCAAUGUGAGCAGGUCGUGCAGAAAUGCUUAAAAAAAAUGUUUUAUGACGUUUAUAGUUAAUGUUUGGCUUUAUGAUUAGAAAACAUGGCUUGCUUUUUUAGAAGAAAAAUUGCUGCGAAGCUGGCGAAGACGCUGCAACAGUCUGAGGAUGUUUUUGUCCCAGCUCUGACUGCCGCUCCUGUUUUAAAGAAACAUCAGAGUGCUGACUUCAGGCUGUCACCUGAAACAUUACGAAUCAACGGGAUUCUGCCUUCCAAUGGGGAUCUUCAGUUGCAGACAGAAAAGCUGGCUGCGCAGCUAAAGCCAGACAGCGUGGUGGAGGAGAUUUCAGUUCGACAAGGGUGGAUUUACUUUAAGCUAAACCGCAGUCUUCUCGCUGAGAAACUGCUGGAGCCAUUUGGGAAAGGCGAGAAUGAUCAUUUUGGGCUAAAUAGUGAAUUUUUUGAAACUCUGAAGAGAGGGACCAUAUUAGUGGAGUUCAGCUCCCCAAAUAUUGCAAAAAAGUUUCACGCUGGGCAUCUGCGCUCAACGAUUAUUGGUAACUUCAUUGCUAACCUGAAACAAUUCCUCGGUAACAAUGUUAUCCGAAUGAACUACCUGGGAGACUGGGGCAUGCAGUUUGGCUUGUUGGGAGCUGGAUUCAGCAGGUUUGGGUGCAUGGAAAAAUUAAAGGAAAAUCCAUUACAGCAUUUGUUUGAGGUUUAUGUUCAAGUGAACAAAGAAGCGGAGCACAGCGAGGAUAUCAAACUCGCAGCUAGAGACUUCUUUAGACAGCUGGAGCAGCAUGAAAACCAGGCCAUGUCAUUAUGGCAACAGUUCCGGGAGAUCACAGUGAAAGAGUACCAGCAUGUUUACAAGAGGUUAGGGAUCCACUUUGAUGUGUACAGCGGGGAGUCCUUUCACCAAGCCCAAACCCAGGAGGUGGUCCGGGAGCUGCAGAGCCGAGGUCUGCUGAAAACCUCAGAUCAGACAGACAAAAGCCAGGAGAAUCACUUCAACCAGUUGUUCCAGAUUCUUCGGACAAUGGGGAAUUCUUGGGCWGAAAGGUGUCGGCAUGUGUCCUUCGGCCUGGUGCAGGGCAUGAAGACCAGGACGGGUGAGGUGGUGUUUCUGGAGGAUGUGCUGGACGAAGCUCGGGCCAGGAUGCUCCACAAUAUGAAACAAUCAAAUACAACAAAGGAACUGGAAAACCCAGACGACACAGCAGAGAAAGUGGGAAUCAGUGCAUUAAUAGUCCAGGAUUUUAAAGGUCCCCUUCAGUCUGAUUAUAAAUUUGACUGGGAUCUGAUGCUGCAGGCUCAAGGCGACACCGGCGUCUUCUUGCAGUACACACAYGCCCGACUCUGCAGUCUAAUGCAGAGGAAUGAAGGAGUGGAGGCAGCUGCGUUCAACCCGUCCUGCCUGUGUGAGCGGACCGGUGUCGACAUCCUUCAGCACCUCCUUCGUUACGAUGAGGUGUUAYAUCAGUCGGACCAGGACCUGCAGCCCAAACACCUCGUCAGCUUUUUACUGAAGYUAAGCCGCUUCAUCGCUUCAGCACACAGGGAGCUGCCUGUGAAAGGAAGUCCUCCGGAUGUUGCACAGGCAAGGUUACGACUGUUCAGUGCGGCACGCUCAGUUCUGGCCAGCGGGAUGAGAAUACUUGGAAUCACACCAGUUCAAAAAAUGUAAAYUAAACCUCUAAAGAUCUUUGGUAGUGAAUACAAAGUCCUAUAUUUUCACCAAAUAAAAUUUAAAAAUGCAUAAAAACUUCAACCAUGUCUACGAUUUAAUAAGUUUUAAAAUAACAUUUAAAAACACAAUGAGACAUUGAUACAAAAGACACUUAAGAGGUUCAAUAAACAUUAACAUGCACUGUCCUUUCAAGUCUGAUGUCUCCUGUGCACCUGCAUGCUUUUAUUUGAACCUCUGAUAAUCACKUUGAACAGUUAAAAGAAUAUCCUUCAGUGUGUGAAGUCUUGUUUAUGUGCCUCCUGUACAGAUGUACUACUUCACUAAAGAUUAAUUCACAGACUGCGACCCACUUCCUCAGAUUACCMAAAAAAACUUUACAAUCAGGAAACUACCAAGAGCCACCUACUACCCCUCUGUCAGC